GACUCGCAACGCAUAUUAGUACAUGACUGUUUUUAUUGAUUUUAAAUGUUAUGUUAGCGUUCCUUCUUUUUACGUUACUGUUGAUCCAGCUUCGCAUGUCAUGUAAAGUAAAACCUUUUGCGUUCUAUAGUUAAUUACACUCAUUUUUUUUAAAUUCACAGUUAUAAUCAAUUUCAAGCAAUUAAUGUAUAGCAGUAUAAGUAAUUAUAUAUUUAAGUUGACAUUCGUUAUCAAUCAGCCAAAUAGUUAAUUAGACAGUGCCAUCUGAAUUAAUUAAAGUAAUGAAUUCCAAUGUCUAAAACAAAGCAGACUUCACUUGUUACCAGUGAAAUGAUCGACAGGAAAUUACUGAAUGAAAAAAUAAACAAUUAUUUACAACAAUGUACUCUACAUGGUCUAAAAUACGUUGGAAAUCAACAAUUAUGCUGGAUAGAGCGGCUAUUCUGGUUAGCGGCGUUUAUUGCAGCCAGCUUUUUGUCCGGUUAUUUUAUAAUAACCAUAGUUAACAACUACAAUGACCGAAUUAUAAUAAGUAUAAAUCCACGUCCGAUAAACGCAGACCGUUUGCCUUUUCCAACUAUCACAGUUUGUGACAUGAAUCGAGCGAAUAAAAAUCGAGCGUUAAAAGCGGACGAUCCUUUUCACAAAAGGUGUCUUGGCGUAUUGUGCGAUGCUAAAGAUCCCCAUGGUGACGAUCUGUUAAAUGCUAGACCAGCACCCAUUGAGCAAGUGCAUUUCAUUAACUUCACUAAAAGGGUAUCGCCAAAAUGUCGUGAAACGGUCAGGUUGUGUUUUUGGUUGGAAAAAGAAGUUGAUUGCAAAAGUAUAUUCAGUUCUGUUAUAACAAAUGAGGGGGCAUGUUGUAGCUUCAACCAUUUUCCCAUGAAGAGCGUAUUUAAUCACAUGCCAUAUGAGGACCUUUUGAAAGAUCGCAGACCGUACAACGCGGAAAAAUGGGCUGUUGAAACAGGCUUCUCGCCCAAUGCUACAAAUGAGACAAUUCCAUGGAGGUUAAUAGGUUCGGGAUUAACUAUAAUGUUAAAGACAGAUGUUGACAAUUACUUUUGUUCUUCUACAAACAGCGCCGGAUUUAAGAUUUCAAUAGCCGAUCCCUUGGAACUGCCACUGGGCGAGGGUUUAAUUACCAUUCUUCCAGGGUUCAAAAUCGAGAUUGCAAUUUCCCCACUUAUCAAAGAUGCAAGGACUUCCUUAACACACGACACAACUGCAGCAAGUCGCUGGUGUCACUUUAGCAACGAACGAAAGUUAAAGUUGUAUAAAAGCUAUUCAUUGCUUAAGUGCCUGAUGGAAUGCCAAAUCAACUACACAACAGAAAUGUGUAAUUGUGUUCCCUACUAUGCGUUAAGUAAGUUACAUAUUUAUAGUAUACGUACCCUAUGUAACUACAUCUCACCAGGCAAUCGCACUUCACCAAUUUGUGAACAGCGCCAUAAGGCUUGCCAAAAUCAAGUUUCCGAGCUAGUUACCUUUCAGGAAGGACCUUUUCUUCAAACAUCUACGUGCAAAUGCCUACCAAACUGCAAUGAAUAUGAUUUUCGCGCGUCCAAAUCUUACAAGCGCAUUACUCACAGAUGGCUACUUAGCAAUUUCCCAAACUUACAGAAACUUUUAGCGAAUGAGAGCAUUGACAACUUUUUAAAGGGAGUAGCAAUUGUGAAAUUGUUUCCGACGACAUAUUUUGUUGGUAGAUCCACCAAGAAUGAGAUAUAUGAUAAUUUGGAAUUAUUAUCAAAUAUGGGAGGGAUUUUAUGUAUCUUUUUGGGAUUCAGCUUUUUAAGCGCGGCAGAAAUAAUUUAUCAUUUUGCGUGCGAAAUACUACCAAUUUUGCUGCAACCAGUACGCGAAAGAUGGGAUGGACGUGCAAAGAAAGUCCAGCCAUUUGCAAAAUGAAAUUUACUUGCCCAUACCUGCAAAGAGCACUUUAAUAGCACAGUAACGAUUGGUGUUUUUUUUGCCUAUGUUUUACUGUAUGGUGUUUGAAAUAUUACUAUUUGUUCUCUUACACAACUGUUAUGCUCCAGUACUUAGGCAAAUAAAAUAAACU